UAUGCUACUCCUACACCUACAAACGCAGUCUUAGAGCUUGUAGAAAACCUACAUAUCACGAGCGCAGCUACAAGGAAGUGAAGGAAGGGGACAAGCAAAUGGAUCAGCAACAGCAAGGCCAAUCUAGCAAUCCGGGUUCCUACGGUCUCGGGACGUCUCCAUUGGCCAAUGAACUCAGAGACAAACUGACCAUCCUGAACUCCUCCCAGGAGCAGUUCGGCGACAUCAUCAUCGCCAAGGUCCGCCACCUCACACGCAACGUGGACAACAGCGAGUAUGAUCCUGAUUACGUCUCCAUCGGACCGUACCACUACCCUCGGCCCCUGAACAAGAACCUCCAUCUCUCGUUGGAGCACGACAAGCUAGCAAGCCUUGACAAGAUACUUUCGGCGGCGAAACCCGGCGUGAAUAUGGAGGUCUAUGUUAACGAGCUAACACGGCUUGAGCUCAAGGCGAGAGGUUGCUACGCCAACUCAUUUGAUGACAUGACGAGCGAGCAAUUCGUGCGCAUGCUCCUUUUAGAUGGUUGCUACAUACUCUGCCGACUCGUAGAACUCCAAGCACAGCCCAGAAACCACAUGGCCUCACCCUCCUGGUGCACAGCAAGCAACGCCAGCUUCGGCUCGCUCCCAGGGUCUCCCGCAAGUGGCGCUAUCAUCACCUCGCUCUCGGUGUCCACCGCAAAUGGUGCCGGCAUCACCUCGCCCUCCGCAUCUAUCUCCCGCCACGUUGAAGCUUUGGAGGUGGUGCGCGACGUGUUCUACCUCGCGGAGAACCAGAUACCGUUCUUUGUGAUUGAGAAGAUCGGCGACCUAACAGCUUUGGAUGGCUGGGAUCAUGCGAUCGAUGGGAUCGCAGAGUAUGCGCUUAAUCUUAUGCGGAUGCAAAGCUAUGCAAUGGCAGCGCCGAUCAUGGUGCCACCAAUUCCGGCGGUGCCAGGCAACCUUCUCCAUCUUCUACACAUGCACUUGAAGCCUGUUGCAGUACCUUCCCCUGGGUCGUACCAUGGGUCUGUGUCGGUGGGCCGGUGGCGCACAGCAACGGAGUACAACUGGGCGGGCAUGAAGUUCAAGAGCCAGUCCAUGAGCGGCAACGGGGACGUGCGCUGCAUCCUGGACGUGAAGCUGGACCGUGGUGGCAGCACACUGGAGGUGCCCUGCCUGGAAAUCGACAACGAGACAUGGCGGCUGCUGCGCAACCUAAUGGAGUUGGAGCAGCGGAACGGCGAGACGGUCGGGACACAUGUCACGGCUUACUGCGUGUUCAUGUCCCAAAUGGCGUGCACUGCUAAGGACGUGGAGCUCCUGUCGAGGAAAUGUGUCAUCAAGCACAACCACCGCAACAAUGACGAGGUGGCCGAGUGCUUCGGUGACCUUUGCAAGGGGAUCUUGUUCAACCCUAACAACAAGGCCACCAACUACCUGUGGGAGACAUGCUUGAAGCUAGACAUGCGGUCCCGGUCCCGGAGCCAUAUCCGCCAAGUUUAUUUUCGGAGAUCGAUGGUGUGGCUAGGGCAGAAAUACUUUAGCAAUCCCUGGCUGCUCAUCGGGCUCCUGGCAGGUAUCACCGGGCUAGUUUGUGCGGUUGUCCAAGCUGUUUACACUGUUUUGAGUUACAAGGCACAAGGAUGAAACUAGAAAUGGCUGAUCCAACAACAUGGGCAUCUUUAGUCUUGCGUUUUCUGAUUAUGUACUUGGAUAAAUUGGUAUGUAUCUAUUAUGGAUACGCAUAAUAGGUAGGUACAUGAAAGACCAAAAUAUCAUAAAUAUGGGAUCCACACAGAUUAUAUUGAUCCCAGGAAGGGUCCACAACUUUUG